UUUUUUUUCCUAUACUAUGUAAGUCAGUGGGGUACAUCAACUGUUUGGUUGCCCAUAUUCUUCAAAAUAUCUUCUUUUGUGUUCAGAAGAAGAAAGAAAUACAAGUUUGGAACAACUUGAGGGUGAGUGAUGACAGAAUUUUUAUUUUCGGGUGAACUGCCCCUUUAAUUAUUAGGCUAGAGGGUUUAUGCGCCCCUUGAAAGUUCUUGAAAUGAUUCUUAUAUGCACGAAUGAUCUCUUACAUUCACAAAAUAAAAUAAACACACACACACAUUGUAAAACAAAAUAGAUGCAAUACUUUGCAAAAGCAAUUUAUGCAUGGUAUUCUAACUGGUGGUGAUUGGUGUCUCAUUCAAACAGUCGUUUCUGUGGAAUAUUGAUGGGAAUAAACGCAAAAAAGUUUCUUUUCCACGUUUUAUCUUACUUAGUAGGUCUCUUGUGCAGAAACUUUGUUGUUCUUAACAAAAAUGAGCACUUUCGCCCUCUUGUGCCCAAUAUUCUGCAUUGCAAUUGCAGUGGAAAAUCUGAUCAAGAGCGUCUCUGACAUUUAAAAUUGUCCGUGUAUUUAUUUUACGUUUCUACAGUAGCAGAUACGCUUGUAAAUGUUAAUUUAGCUUUCUCAAAACUGGCUAAAACUGUGGCGCUAUGUCUACAAAUAAAAUGUAAAAAUGAGAUGCAAAUAAAUUUUAGUAUUUUUAUAUAAUAGGCUAUAGGUCACAUGCCACUUUUUUAAUAAAGGCCUAUACCUUAAACAAACAAUCUGUUUAGUUCGAUAGAGUAGCAAAACAUAUUUGUCACAUCAAACGAAAAUGUCAAAGCACAGCUGUUCACGUGAAAGCGUUUGACGUUUGUGACAUCUUCUCUUCUCAAGGUGGCGUAUUUCAUAAACAUUCUUCUAUAAAUCUCAAUCUGACAAUUGCCACACCAAGCCUAAUAAGGUGCUAAUCGUGUCUUUCAUGUCAAAACAUUUGAUGUUAGAACCAAACUGCGGCAGGAUGUAGGGAAUGUUGAACAGGAAGUUAUCGUUCAAUUAUUAAUUUCUUCUGACCAUGACAAUUUGCUUAAACAUAAACAUCCUUAAGCACGUUUAAAUUAAAAUGGGCUAUUUUACAAAAAAUAUAUAGGCUAUAUAAUAUAGCAUAGGCAUCUGUAGCCUAUAGGAUAUGUACUAUUUUUACGAUUAUGAUCUUAAUCACUGACAAGGAGAACACUGAGUUUUCAACUCAGCAAUAUUUACAGUCGUUACCUUCAUGACGUAGAAUUGUUUGUUGUUUUAUCAAACCGAGGCGGGAUCCGUUUGAAUAGGACUGUCUUUCGUAUGUAGUAGAGAGGUGUUAAUUAGCGCAUGUUUUGUUGAUUGGCGUAUACCUCCAUCCUUUGAUUAAGGAUAUACUACCCGUGAGAAUUAGAUGGUACUUAUAUUGACAAAAGGGCCUCAAAAUAAUCGACAAGGGAAGGACAGAAGACUGACAGAAAUCACACAAGGAUCCUGCACUUCAGUUUGCUCGUGCACCAUGUGUAUUGUACAAAAUGAGUCAAGCAGAUCCCUAGACUGAGGAUUGUUGGCAGUUAAUCUUACAUCUAACUAACCUGACUGUUAAUAGAGUUUUAAAUGCAACAUAUAGCAUCAUAUAUAUAUAUAUAUAUAUAUAUAUAUAUAUAUAUAUAUAUAUAUAUAUAUAUUCACAUUUCAUAUUCCAGACUUAUUACCAGAUGCUCAAACAAACUACUUCUAAACUAUAUGGAGAAUAUAUAAGAAGUUUUUUAGGCCAAAUAUCAACAGAUGACUACUUAAUGAUUUCUUGCAGCAGAUAUGGUAAUACUCCUGUGGGCUCAAACAGUGAGCUCUUUUGUCUGAUUCUGCAUUUGUAUUGCAUUAAUUUGCCUCCAUCUCCAGCCAGUCAUUUGUCAUCUGUUCUUCCUGUGAGCUCCUUUAGUCUGUCUGACAUCUUAGAGCAAAUAGAGGGGCCAAUACACAUACUUAGACACUGGGCCCUCAGUGCCACUAGCCCCUCUUCUAAUGUUAGUGUGACCAAACAAGGAAUGGCAAAUCUGGCAAUGGAAUCAGAUAAUCACCAACCUGUGAAGAGCCUCCCAAUCCACAUCCAUACUGCAGCCCUGGAUUAAACAGUCUGUUUGCCUAAUAAUUUUAAUCUGUGCAUCAAGCAGAAGGAUGGUGGUCUUCGAAUAAACAUCUAAUCCCUCAGGCCACCCAAUGACGAUGGGCCCGCAGCGAGGGCGAUCAGAAGGCUGCUUAGACAGAGGGACUGAAAACUCUGUACUGACAGACUCUUGCCAGACUAGGAAUGUUUUACAAUGUCCAGAGGAAUGUACACAUGAGGAACAAGGGGCUACAUCAACGUGCACAUGCAAACUGGAAAGGAGGGUGCGUUCUAGGUUCACCAUGUCUGGAAGGUCAUCAGUAAAAAGAAGAACACCUUUAAAGUUCUCCGAUGAAUCGUGGCUUUCAUGUAUCACCUCUUCACCUUCCCUCUGAUGUCAGUCACCACCCCUUUGACAAAGUGCGAACAACUGGGGGUCUUACGGGUACAUAUAAGGACGGGCCGCUGUCAAAGCACAUUCAUUUCAGCCCGCGAACAGCAGCACAGACUCAGAGCUUCUCCUGCACCUUCACAUUGAAGAUGUCGUCAAUCCGUGCCGCUUGCCUCCUUUGCGCAGCACUUUUCGCGAUGGUGAGGGGUUUCACCCACGAAGACAUGAAAGAGGCUCUACUGAAGAAACUGGGACUUAGUGAAGUUCCGAAAAUUCACAAGAGGGAUCUGGAGAAUUUUGUUAUUCCAGCGCACAUUAAGAACAAAUAUGUUUCCAUGCUGAAACUGCACCACGCAAGGAAACGGCGCUCGCUUCCCAGUUUAGCCGGCAUCCUGAGGGGAAUCCCUGGCAAUGCAGACAUCUCUGGUGAAUUUGUAUAUUCUGACACGACACGUCAACGUGUGGUCUUUGAGAUGACAUCAAGAAUCCCUGAGAACAGUGAAGUGACCAUGGCAGAACUGAAACUGUUCAAGAAAGCCCCACACAAGCGCUCCAUCCCAGAGAGAAAGGGCCAUAGGCCCGUCAACAACGCCAGGGUGAGCAUCUACUGGGUGGAACCUCUGGAAGACGGGUCAAACCGAACUUCACUAGUGGAUUCCAGGUUGAUUCCCAUUCACGAAACCGGCUGGAAGAGCUUUGAUGUCACCCAGGCGGUACACUAUUGGUCGAAGAGCCGAAUGGAGAUGCCCAUGCACCUUGAGGUGUGGAUCGAGGGCGAGAGACCCGGCAGUUACGCGGCAGAGAUGGCCAAGUGUGUCCACUUCACAACUCAAGAUCCAAACGACAACACUCUGGGAAAACCUGAGCUUGUUCUUUACACCCUCAACCUCGAGGAGUUUGGGUCUAGUGGAGACUGUGAAGCCAAUAAAGACAGUGAAAUGUGCUGCAGGGAAAAAUACUUCAUCAAUUUCCGAGCCUUGACUUGGACCCAGUACUGGAUCAUCGAACCCUCCGGGUAUCAGGCGUUCCGAUGCAACGGCGGCUGCCGGCAGCCCAAGCGCAAUUACGGUUACGGAGAGAGAAAGUGCGCGGUUGUGGAGAGCGCGCCGCUACCGAUGAUGUAUUUAGUAAAAAAGGGAGAUUAUACUGAAAUUGAAGUGGCUGAAUUCCCAAACAUGAUUGUUGAAAAGUGUGGAUGCGCAAUGGAUAAUAUUUCAAUUGUAUGAAUAUGCCAUUUUUGCCAUCGACCACCAGUCAUCACGACGCACUGUUGCCUACUUUGUUACAGGAUAAGGCUAAGAAAGGGUGUUGGCAACUUAACCUUUAUGACAUACCUCAAGCACUUUGUAUAAAUUUGUAAAUAUUGCUAAAUUGAUAUGCAUUUAUUUUUGCAUUUGUAUAUGAUGCCAUAUGAAAGGAAAAGAUUGAGUUGUAGAUUUUAUAUUUUGAGCAGUAAAUAGAAUGAGUUUGUUGUAUAUGUCACACUUUGACUGAAUAUAAAUUAAACUAUUUUUCAUUGAAACCUCUUAUUUAGUGACUUUCCCUCUUCUUAAACCAAAUAAACAUUUGCAUAUUCCAAUGUUUGCAGAUGGCCACAUGGAGAGCAGAUGUAAAUAGCCUAGUAGUUAUGUUUUUGUUUACACACACAAAUAAUCACUUAUUAAAGGAGAACAAUUUGUAGUUUAAAAAGGGGUUAAUUAUCAAGAUCCUUAUUUAAAUAUACAUAAAUAACAGUGUAAAGGGUUUUGAUAGUCCAGUUAGGUUUUACAAAAAAAAAAAAAAUCAUAAUAAUUGCUUUAGAGAACAAAACAAUUUAUCUCAAGAGGUUUAUUACAUUAUUUAAUGACACAUUUAUUUCCUUACAAUAUGAAACACUUUAACAUUCAUUUCAUUAAAAAAAAAAUCAAUGCCAAAAUACAAACAUCAUAAACCAUUCCACCUGUCAUCUCUAAAUAACACAUAAUGCCACAUUUUUAGUACAAUUUAGUCACUUUUCAUCCUCAAAAUAGCACAAGCAAGGUCUGUGUAGCAAAACAAUCAUCACAAAUCUCUCAUGCCAUGCUAUAUCCACUAAUUUUAUAAGGGACAGGGUCAUUAUCUCAUCCCACAUGAAAU